AUGCAAUUUAUUUUGCCUCCUCUUCACUAUUUGGCCGGGGGACGGCAUCUUGUCCAGCGUCACGCCAACCCCCAACGCCACGCCGUGGGCGUGAUUUCUUUGCUGAUGGAACCGUUGACAAGCCAGUCAGAGCCCCUAGCGAGAAGCGUCAGUACCGGCUCGCUCCCUCGCCACCGCCUCCGGAGAAAGUUCAGCAAGGAUUCAUCGACGUCGCCGGACGAUGAACUGGCAAGUUAUUUGCACAAAUCGGCAGCUACAAUUACAGAGCGAUCCCCCUUUGACUUGCGCUGUGAAAAGUAUUUCGGCACCAAUCGAUUAAGGUAUUACUCGAAAACCAGUUUAGUUUACGUAACUAUGGGAAUUGGCAGUUUGUAG